AUGUAUGAAAAAAAUAAAGAUGUCAAUAAUUAUGUAUACGAAUGCAGGAAAAUCAUUUACACAAUUUCAGAAUGUUCAACCUUAUCCGAUACGGUUGGAACUUUCACUGCAGUUGGUACAAACGAUCAUUCAGUUACUCGACAAGAUGAACGAUGGAAAGAGUCUUGUAGGGCUGAACGUCGAGCUAUAAAACUAUGGGAGUGGAAAUAUCGUGAAAUUAAAGAAUUAUACGGCAAGUCGCAAACCAACACAGAUAAUACAAAGGAAUUAUCUGCUGAGCCCGUAAGUGACGACAAGGAAAAGAGCAUAAGUGAAGAAUUGAUUGCCUUGCAAAAUCAGUUUUUCUUGAAUAAAGUUAACUACAUGAUGCAGCAUUAUUAA